AUGGCAACAAAAACCAUUCACUUUGUGGUGAACGGACACGAGGAGACGGCAGAGUUUGGACUCAGCAGCAGCGACAGAGACGUCCAAGAACUCUUCCGAGCCACAGCAGAAGUGGGAGCGGACCACAUCUUGAAACUCUUCAGCUCAAAUGGACAACUGUUGAAGAUCUCAGCGUCUCUGCAGCAGAACCAGAGAAGCGCCCCCUACAGGCUCCAGCUAGAGUCAUGUAAGCGCUCCCCCUACAGGCUGCAGCUAGAGUCAUGUAAGAGCUCCCCCUACAGGCUCCAGCUAGAGUCAUGUAAGAGCUCCCCCUACAGGCUGCAGCUAGACUCAUUAAAGAGCUCCCCCUACAGGCUGCAGCUAGAGCUGCAGCUAGAGUCAUGUAAGAGCUCCCCCUACAGGCUGCAGCUAGACUCAUUAAAGAGCUCCCCCUACAGGCUGCAGCUAGAGUCAUGUAAGAGCUCCCCCUACAGGCUGCAGCUAGACUCAUUAAAGAGCUCCCCCUACAGGCUGCAGCUAGAGUCAUGUAAGAGCACCCCCUACAGGCUGCAGCUAGAGUCAUGUGCAGAUGUUGCAGGGGUGGCCAUGCCGACGCAGCUGGUCGCCAUGGAGACACGUGUGCAACAGCUGGAGACGCGAGUGAUGGAGCUGAACCGGAGUCCAGAACUUCUGCACGAGUUAGACCAGGAAGUGGAGGACUUCAAGAGGAAGCUACAGAGUGUGGAGCACUUGAGCUGGAUGGGUUUGUUCAGAGACAACACAGAGAAGUUCAUUCAUAAAACUGGGCCGAGACUAACGACGGCGCACGCGACCCCUGUGAGCUCACACACGACCCCUGUGAGCGCACAUGCGACCCCUGCGAGUGUGGAGAGGCAGAAGCUGCGCACCAGGUUUCUCAACAUGAGGUUGGAGACAGCAGCUUGUUUCUGUGUCAGAGUCCAGUUCAAACAACUGUGUGUCUGCAGCUCUCUACAGGUCAGUGAGGAGGUCAGAGAGCAUCUGAAGACACCAGUGUUCGACAACUGGCAAUGGGAGGACUCGGAGAUGCUGGUCCUCCUUCAGACCAUGUUUGAGGACCUGGGCUUCGUGUCAGAGUUCCAGAUGGAGACCAGUAUCCUGCAGAACUUCCUGCUGGAGGUCCAUCGUCACUACAACUCCAUCCCCUUCCACAACUUCAGCCACUGCUUCUGCGUCACCCAGAUGAUGUAUGGACUGAUCUGGAUCACGGAGCUCAGGACCAAACUGAGCAGGACUGACCUCCUGAUCAUGAUCACCUCAGCUCUUUGCCAUGACCUGGACCAUCCAGGAUACAACAACGUGUACCAGAUAAACGCUCAGACAGACCUGGCGCUCCGAUACAACGACAUCUCACCUUUAGAAAACCAUCACUGUGCUGUUGCCUUCAGCAUCCUGUCCAAGCCCGCCUGUAACAUCCUGAAGAACGUGACAUCAGAUCAAUACAAACAGAUCCGCUCUGGGAUGAUCAAGUGUAUCCUGGCCACAGAUAUGGCUCGUCACAAUGAGAUCCUCAAUAAGUUCAAAUCCUUUCAACCAACGUUUGACUUCAGCAACAAGGAGCACAAAGAAGUGCUGAUGAAGAUCCUGGUGAAGGUGUCAGACAUAUCUAAUGAGGCGAGACCGGUGUCAGUGGCAGAACCAUGGCUCGACUGUCUGCUGCAGGAGUUCUUCAACCAGAGCGACACAGAGAAGUCUCGUGGAUUACCUGUGACUCCGUUCAUGGACAGAGAUAAAGUUUCCAAACCUUCAUCUCAAACUAACUUCAUCACAUUUGUGCUUUUACCACUUUUCACCGAACUCACCAAACUGUUCCCGUGUCUGGAGCUGCACAUCCUGGAUCCAGUGAGGAGAGCUCUAGAGUAUUAUGGAGAUCUGGAGAAGGCCUCGAACCUCAAACACUGA